AUGGUGGUUCUCUUUCUCUUAGCAGCUUUGCUGCAAGAGCCGGUUUCCGGCAGCCUGUACGGACCCAGGUUUUUGACAGGUGGGGUCGGGGGGUCCAUCACCCACCAGUGCUUCUACUCCAUCACACCCGCCAACAAACACGACCGGAAAUUUUGGUGCAAAAUAGCAGAGAACGGAGUUUGCUACACCCUCGUCUCCUCGACCGACCCCGCCUCCGGGGAGUACGAGGGGCGGCUGUUCCUGCGGGACAUCCCCCAGAACGGCACCUUCGCGGUGACAAUGACAGGGCUCAAGGGCAGCGACACGGGGAGGUACCGAUGUGGCAUCGGCCCCACCAGGGGGGGGCCUCUACGUCACCCUGAACCUGACGGUUUCGGCAGGUAG